ACGCUCCCGGGAACUCUCUGGCCCGCGGCCGGCCGCGCUCGGACGCCGCUCGCCGGCGGCAGCGCGUCCCCAGCAUGUCGGCAGCCGUGGCGUGCCUGGACUACUUCGCGGCUGAGUGCCUGGUGUCCAUGUCCGCGGGCGCCGUGGUCCACCGCCGCCCGCCGGACCCCGAGGGCGCGGGCGCAGCGGCAGGUUCGGAGGUGGGUGCGGCGGCGGCGAUACAGCCGCCGGAGUCCGCUCUGCCGGGUCCGGGACCCCCGGGACCCGCCGCGUCGGUCCCCUCGCUCUCCCAGGUCCCCGCCCCUAGCCCCGGCGCGGGCGGUGGCGCGCCCCACCUGCUGGCUGCAAGCGUCUUGGCUGACUUGCGCGGCGGCUCUGGGGAGGGAUCCGGGGACAGCUCCGGGGACGCUCUGCUCGCUGCUUCUGCCUCCUGCGACCCGACCCCGAACUCCGGCCCGGCCCCGAGCCCCGAGCCGGGCCCCGCCUCCGGCGAGGCAGCGGUCUCCGGACCGGAAAGCUCCCCCGGCGCGCCCGCCGACCUGAGCGCACCUGCUGACCAUGGCGCACCUGCAGUCACCGGCGGGGGGUCUAGGGGGGCCCCGGGGGCCGGCCGCGCCCCUGCCGCGGCCCCGACGCCCCGGAGGAGACCUGUCACGCCAGCCGCCAAGCGCCACCAGUGCCCCUUCCCGGGCUGCACCAAAGCCUAUUACAAGUCAUCGCACCUGAAGUCCCACCAACGCACCCACACAGGAGAGCGCCCUUUCUCCUGCGACUGGCUCGACUGCGACAAGAAGUUCACGCGUUCCGACGAGCUGGCCCGCCACUACCGGACGCACACAGGCGAGAAGCGCUUCUCCUGCCCCCUGUGCCCCAAGCAGUUCUCCCGGAGCGACCACCUGACCAAGCACGCCCGCCGCCACCCCACCUACCACCCCGACAUGAUCGAGUACCGGGGGCGCCGUCGCACCCCCCGCGUCGACCCCCCGCCCCCCGACUCUGGCUCCGGCUCCGUCCAGGCCCCCAGUCUCACCACCUGCCUAUAGGACAGUCACUGCUGUCUAUUGUCCCCUCAAGGACGAUCCCUCAGGCUGCUGUUUUCCUGCCUUUUGUCCGCCCACUCCUCUUUUCCAGGCACUCCUCUACACCCAGGCACAGACUGGUUCUCCACUCCGAGGGCGGGUCCAGGCGAGCUUGUCGGACACGGGGGAGGGACUGGGGGCGUGAAUUCUUGCAGCACUCAUAGCAAGGGGGUGGGGCUGCCUGGAGACAAGCCCCCCAGGAACUGGUGAGAAGGGAUGAACUACGGUACUCGCCAGAGUACUGAAGAUUCUCCCCUCCCUGGAACCAGAGGAGCGAAGCAGGAAUUCUCAGAUCCCAAGGAGCUCUCAGUCUCAAAGGACUCUGGUGUCUCACUAGGGUGGACCUUGGAAAGGGUGUCAGGGGUGGCAGUCUUGGAAAUGUCCAGGACUGGGAUGGUGAGAGGUUUUUGGAAACAGAAAUGAUUUCUAUUUCUGUAAACAGCAAUGUUUACUAAUUUAUUUUUAGUAUCUUUUAAACAGGAAUUCCAGGUUGAUGGGAAGCUAAUGCCCUUCACUUCCCCCAAUUGCCCCCAGCCACCUCUACUAGGAGAGAGGCUAUUUAAGUAUCCAUGUGGAUGUGUGGCUGGGGGGCUUCUUGCUGUCUGGGGAGUGGUGUCAGUCUGUUGGCAGGUCCUGUUGCAUGACUUGGAACCCUAACUUGCGUCGCAGCCCUUCUACCCUUGCGGUGUCCUGCUUGGGGUUGAUAACUUCCUGGCUUGCUUUCGUGGUGAAAUCGUUAAAAGUGUUUGAAAAUAAUCAUAAAAUAUCAGAAAGAAAAGGAUGCUUCAGACUAGUUCCCCCUUAACUCAGAUGGCAAAUGCAAGCAACCUUGGGGGUGGGGCAGGGCCAAAGCAAAACCUUUAAAAACCAUUGGUAAUAUUCAGGGAAAUAGGGGCAUGUGGCCCAGGCUGACCCUGUCCCACCCCAAAUAAUCUCCCCCUUUCCCCCAUAAAGGAAUCAGGCAUCAAUGGUAUUUAUUUUUUCUAUAUAUGUCUCUGCUGCUAUGGGUGAAAUUGUUGACCACUCUGCUUGUGUAUGUGUGGAAAUAUAUAUUUGUGAUUCUUUCAUUGGAAA